GAUAAUUCGUAUAACUAAAGUUUUAUAAAGUGUAAUAAUAUUAAUAUAACAAAAUUAUAUUAAUUUUAAAUUUAAAGUAUCUCUGCUUAAGAAAAGAAGCAAGUGGUUAAAAAAAUGUUUCUUUCUUUUAAAUAAGCAUGUUAGGUGAUAUUCAACUUACUAAACGCUUGAUUGUUAUUGCGAUUGUACUAGGCAUUAUUUUAGUUUUAAAAGAAUACGUGUUUGUAUUUUCACAAUGACUCAACACAGAGUAGCUUAUUUUUAUAACCCAGACGUAGGAAAUUUUCAUUAUGGUCCUGGACAUCCGAUGAAACCUCAUAGGCUAUCCGUAACGCAUAGUUUGGUGCUUAAUUAUGGGCUGCACAAGAAAAUGCAGAUUUAUAGACCAUACAGAGCAAGUGCACAUGACAUGUGCCGUUUCCACAGCGAGGAUUACAUUGAAUUUCUGCAGAAUGUAACUCCACAAAAUAUUCAGAGUUAUUCGAAAGAUUUGCUUCACUACAAUGUUGGUGAUGAUUGUCCUGUGUUUGAGGGUUUAUUCGACUUCUGUUCUAUGUACACAGGAGCCUCCCUUGAAGGGGCAAUGAAACUUAACAAUAAUGCUUGUGACAUUGCUAUAAAUUGGUCUGGUGGAUUACAUCACGCAAAAAAGUUUGAACCUUCAGGUUUUUGUUAUGUAAAUGAUAUAGUGAUAGCUAUAUUAGAAUUACUUAAAUAUCACCCAAGAGUGCUAUACAUAGACAUUGAUGUUCACCAUGGUGAUGGUGUUCAAGAAGCAUUCUAUUUAACUGAUAGAGUAAUGACAGUGAGCUUCCAUAAGUAUGGAAAUUAUUUCUUUCCGGGAACUGGAGAUAUGUAUGAAACUGGAGCUGAAAGUGGAAGGUACUUCUCAGUAAAUGUGCCACUGAAAGAAGGAAUUGAUGAUCACAGCUAUGUCCAGGUGUUUAAACCAGUUAUAUCAAGUGUGAUGGAGUUCUAUCGGCCAACUGCAAUUGUUCUUCAAUGUGGUGCUGAUUCCUUAGCUGGGGAUCGACUCGGAUGUUUCUCACUUUCAACUAGAGGUCACGGGGAAUGUGUGCAAUUUGUCAAGAAUCUGAAUCUCCCCACACUUGUUGUGGGAGGAGGAGGUUCGCAUUUCAAGGGUAUAGAGCAGGCAAGAAGAAGUGCUUUGAAUUUAUUUAGUGACAUUUCUCCAAUUUCGCUUGGCAGUUUGUUAUAUACCCUCCGUAACGUGGCGCGUUGUUGGACAUAUGAGACGUCACUUCUAAUUGACGAAGAUAUUUCGAAUGAGCUUCCAUACACUGAGUAUCUUGAGUUUUUUGCACCGGACUUCCAGUUGCAUCCUGAAGUAUCUGGGACAACAAAUGCAAACAGUAAGCAGUACUUGGAAGCGAUAAGCAAAUAUGUAUAUGACAAUUUGAAGAUGUGUCAGCAUUCACCUGCAGUACAGAUGUCACACAUACCAGGUGACUUCUUUCCCGAAGAAGAAAGGAUAAAAGAGGAACUGGAUCCGGAUAUCCGUAUCAGUCAAGAGGAAGCGGAUAAAAUGGUGGAGCCUAAGAACGAGUUUUAUGACGAUGAGAAAGACAAUGACAAGGAAUCAGUACCAGAGACCAAGGAAUCCUAGCGAUCACCUUCGGCCGGGACGGCCACACCCACUUGACACGGCAAAUUCAGAAAGUACUGGCUUUUACUUGGCCAGACUGACAGUGAUAGUGCAAGUGAGCCUAAAAGUGCUGAAAGUGAUGAACUAAAAUGACUUAUGUAAACUAAAGUGUGAUGUACACAGGAUAAUAAAAUUCAAUAGUAGUGUUUAAUUUAACAUCAGAUUAAAGUUGUCCAUUUAAUUAUCGGUAAUGGUAGGUGAAUAUUUUAAUUACAUAUAUUAAAAUAAUGAUUCAUCUCAAAACACAUGGAGCAAUGAAAGACAUUUUUAAGCUUGUGAAUAUAAUUAAAUAUAUACUAAAUAGCUUAAUUAAUUGUUAAUCAUAGACUCCGAGUAUGACUAAUCUCGUCAUGAGCACUGUCAAAUGGUUUGAUAACUGACUGACUAAGUUAAAUAUUCUAAAAUUUGGACUAAAUGUAUGGGAAAAUAUUCAUUAUAAUAUUUGUAAGUUUUAAUAGUACUUAACCAUAUUAAUGCAUUUUAUAAUAAGGUUUGUUGGUAUAAAAUUUAUUAAUAUCAAUGAGAUUUUGUUAAAUCAAAUUGUUGUCAAUCAAACAAUUUAUGUCUUGAUUCUUUCCUAUUUCUGUAAUAUAUUUUAUAAACUGACAACUUAACACUGAAAAGGAUGAUUCUCUAUUAAAUAAUUAUAAGCUAGUUUAAGAAAUAAAGUUUGUAGUUACAAUAUUUGCAUUUGCUUAAGGAUGAAAAAUACUAGAUAACCCAGUAUCUAGGUCACUUAUGUCUGUUUCAUAGAAUUUUUUUUCUAUAUAGGCAAAUAUGUUUCAAAUAUUAUACAACUUUUGUUUAUUCUUUUAUCAUUGUAACUUAAAAAUGGUAUUGUGGAAAGACUAACUAGACAAAGUAAUGUGAUAUCCUAGAAGAAUUAUGAUAGUUGGUAAGAGAUGCUAGUUUAUUAUUAUUUAACUUUUAUACACAUCUGUUGCCACUAAUGCACAUUCAGUGAAGUUAGACCAAUAGUGGUUGAUGACUUUUUGAUAAAUUAAAAGUUAAAAAACAAACACAUGUAUACAUUUCUUAAGCGAGCCUUCCUGUGAUGUCUAUUAAUAUACAACUUUAUCCUAUAUAGAAAAUAGAAAUAUGUAUCUGUAAUUUUAUGUAAUUAUGUUAAUUUUAAAAUGGGCUUUCAUUAUAUUUCUAUAAUACUGCUUGAAAAAAUUUCGAUUGUUUUUUUUUUACAACAUUCUCUUAUUUCAAAGAAUUUGCAUAAUUUCUGAAGGAAUCUUAUAUUUUAUUAUAUAAUAUUUAUUUGUGCAAGAAUUUUGAUAUUGGACUUCUAUCAGAUUGUAUAUUGGGGUGAAACAUACAUGGGGCUUAGUCAAGAUGUUUAAACAGUAGUGUAUGUGGAAUGCCAAAAACGAAAUUUGUAUGAAAAUACACAAACACAAAUGUGUUGACAAAUUUAGUUUCCGGCUUUCUACACUUCCAUUAAGGCAUCUUGUCGAAGCACUCUAAUCAGAUAUAAAUUGUAUAUUUAGAAUAUUGUAUUAAGAUAAGGUAUAUGUUUGAUUUUCAUCCAAUGCAAAGUUGUUUUAAGGAGUUUAGACAAAUGUAAAUAAAUAUUACACACAU